AUGGCCAAGCUUAUAAGUGAGGUGGAGGAGCUGAGGUUAACCAAGGAUAAGACUAUCCUGGAGGAUGCUCUUGCUCGAGGGGAGCUUGAUCUCAGUGACGAUGAGGAUGAUGGUGCUCCUUCCCCAAAAAUGAGUGGUCUAAUAGUGGGUGAGGUGGAGUUAAGCACCUCUGAGGUCGGCGUGCACGAUGAGAUCGUGAUGGAAGUGCUCAUAGGGAUGACACCUUUCGAACCUGAUCGGGCUAGAUUGGUCUUCUUGAAUACCUCAAGUGGAAUGCUAGCGUGA